AUGACGAGUGGCAGAGAGAUGGUUCUUGUCCCUUCGUCAUCCCAGCAGGGUCAUUACACUGCCCUCCACAGGGCUGCUAAGGUGGGCAACAGUGAGGCCCUUGCUGCUCUCAUUAAGGGGGGCUGCGCUCUGGAUCUGCAAGACCGGGAUGGCAACACAGCACUACAUGAGGUUUCCUGGCACGGUUUCUCUCAGUGUGUCAAGCUAUUGGUCAAAGCUGGAGCCAAUAAUCACGCUAGAAACAAGGCAGGGAACAUUCCUCUCCACCUAGCAUGUCAGAAUGCACAUGCACAAAGUUCUCGAAUUCUGCUACUGGGGGGGUCCAGACCGGACACCAAGAACAACGUGGGUGACACCUGUUUACACGUAGCAGCACGCUACAACCACCUGGCCAUAGGGAAAAUUCUCCUGGGUGCCUUAUGCUCUGUGACAGAGAAAAAUCAGGUAGGGGACACAGCUCUCCAUGUUGCUGCUGCUUUGAACCACAAGAACACUGUUCAGCUUUUACUGGAAGCUGGCACAGACGGCAAUGUUAGAAAUAAUGCAGGCAAAACUGCGCUGGACAAGGCUAGAGACCAGAACCAUAGAGAAGUAACUCUCCUACUGGCAAGAGCUCCUCAGGUUCACCGCUUCACAAGAGGGAGAACAGUGAGGAAGAGGAGGGACGGGUUGAAGGCUCAACGCAGAACCCAGUCUGCCACCCGCGUCGAAAUACUACCAAACAAGGAUAGUGGAUCCUUGGCUGAGGACUCUCACAGUAGUGAAUGUGUGGUCAGCACAGGGGUGAUCAAAUCGGGUCUUCAUCCACUCCAGCAUUACCACAAAGCCUCUGCAGCCCCGGCUAGUCCUCACGGCAGACGGAGACGGAGGAAGCAUCUUAGAGUACCGGUAUCUGAUGAGGGCUCUCCCAAGAGACGGGAGAACACACAAACACAAAUCCACAGGCGGAAUAAGUUGAGUCUCUUUGAUGAUGAAGCCCCCCUUCCUCCAGGCGAUACAGCCUAUCAGCUGUAUACACUCUACCGCGACAAGGACGGCCAUAUCCGACAGGCCCCUGCUGAUGGUUGUCACUGUAAGCCCAUGAUCAAAAAGCUGGAAGUCCAGCUCAAGGCCACCAAAAAGGAAAUGAGGACCCACAUCCUGACUGUGCAGGAGCAGGUGGACUGCAGGCUGGAUAGGAUGGACAACAAGUGUAAACACCAAAUUCAAGUUCUAGACAUGCUGAUCCAAGAGAGAGUGGCGGCAGAGAGGAUGCGUACCAUGUUCAGGAUGGACCAGAGGGCUGCUGGGAGGGUGGAGGCAGAGAGGAGACAGCAGGUAUCUGUGAGCCAGGAACUGAAGAGGUGGUGCAUGACAAAGAUCCACGAUAUUGAUUGUCAUGCACCAGGGGACCCACAGUACAGCAAACUACUCACCUCGCCCUCCGUGGACCAAUCACUGACUGACCAGGACCCAGAGUCCCUCCCCCUGCUCUCCGUCUUUUCUGGAGAGAGUAGCAGCUCAUUGGCCACAUACGUCAACCUGCUUCCAUAUAAAUCUGGCUCCAACAUUCAUAAUGCACCUCUCAGCCCUGAUUCUGAAACAGUGUCAAGAAGCAAGUACUUUGAGCUGAAGCUAGACAGGUCACCAGACGACUACGAGAACUCAGCCGUUUUCUCUCAGCAUCCCCUCCACCAGUCACGUCUACUCCUGAGCGCCACUGACCCCCAGCGGUCGCAUCAGGAAUUGCAGCACUACCCCAUGGCGGGGGCUAUUGUUAGGCAGAACGGGGAGGACUGUUCCAGCAGUGUCAGCAGCAGUCUGUCAGUUACCAGUGACUGGGACCGGGACCACCAGGGCCUUGAGCACCAGGGCUACAGCUGGCACCACAAGAUGCACCUGAGGGACCCGAUCAGGACCUGUGGCAUGGCAGCAGGGCCUCAAGCCAGGACCAGGACCCUGGAGUUCUUUGGGGGUCGACCACCUGAACCCACUUUCAGUCAGGAGAGGAGUAAUUUGCAUGCUGUGGAGGUGACCCAGCGUUUCUUUGAGACAGUGUCAACCCAGCUGGAGUGCUGGUAUGAGAGGAAGCUCCAGGAGUCCAAGCAGCAAGCCCACAUCCAAGCACAGCAGGACAGGUCGCAGCUGAUUCAACGAAUCAACAGCCUGGAGGAGGAGCUCCAGCAGCUUAGGGCCAAUAGCAGCCCAGAGAGUUGA